ACACUAUACAGUAAAUUCUGGAACGUACUCUUUUGUUUGAAACAUGGACUAUUAUUUAUGUGUAAUUUGUAAAUAAAAUGUACGUAAAUGUAUUUUAUUUGUAAUAAUUUCAAUAAAAAAUAAUUUUUGACCAAAGGCAUUACUAAUUUUCGUUAGUAAACGUUAACUAUCUUUCAAUGGCAACACUAUUGAAAUUUAGAGGUUACAUUUUCCAAUGGAUUGUGAUUCACUUUCCUGCGUAAUUGUGAUAGCGUUGAAAUUUCGAAAAAUGGUAAUUUUUACUCUACAUGUCUUAUAAACAAAGCCCAUAAUUAUUUUGAAACUCUUUACUGGGGCUGAGGAGGAGGAGUGGGAAGGUUAGGAUUUUUAAGGUGAAAAAUGGAGAGGGGGCAGGGGACAACUGGGAACUAGAGCACAUAGAGGGCGGAGAGCUCACAGGUGAAAGUUCCGGAGGGAAUGAAGGCGAACAGAAAGAGGAAGGCUUGCCUUCUUUGUAAGGUCAGGGAGGAAGGGAAGGAAUGAACUGGGCUGGGGGUGAGUUUUUUCCUUCUGAGCACACUGGCAUAGAGCAAGGGCUGAGAGAUGGCUGGGGGCAGACGGAACAUUAACAGAGCGUCCUCUGGCAGAUCACCCUUACCUCCGCCCCCCGUUUUGCUUGUGGAUGAUGCAAGUAAAGGAAGGUUGGGCGGCCAGGCGGGGGCGGAGGGCUUGUCUGCCCGUGCCCUCACGGUGAAGCACAUCCCGGUGCCGGUGAUCCCGCAGGACGGCGGGGUCACCUUCGAGGUGCUGAUGUUUGUGUUCACAGUGAUGUCGUCUUGCCUGCAGUUCCUGCACCUCUACCGCACCGUGUGGUGGCUGCCGCAGUCCUUCACACGCUACGCCAUGAAUUUCUACUUAAUAGACCCGUAUCUUGUGGGAUUCAUAGGCACCAUUCUGAGUCGUCGCCUGUUGUACUGCAUGCUGUGCCGUGUUCUGGCGGCCUGGAGUCCCGCCCACGCGUGGCCCUUGUUGCAGCAGCUGCUGCAGUUAAUGAUGCUGUGUGCUGUGUCGGCAUGCCUGGUGUGGUGUGCCUACCACAUCAUUCAGAACCACCCACUCAUGAACAUUUUCUUCCUCUGCUACCCCAUCUUCGUGUACUUCAUCCUGUUUGGGCUGCACGUCAGCCCCUUCUUCGACGUGAACUCGCUGCCCUCUGCCUCCAAGAAAGACCAGAAGGAUCGCCCUUACUACGGCAAACCUCUGCAUAACUGCAGCUCGUCCCCACAUGCCAUCCGGGACGAGGUGGAAGGACUGAAGACCGACUUCAACAACCGCAUGAAGCAGAUCCUCUUCAGCUCUGUGCUUAACGCAUACUACGCUGGCUUCGUGCCCUGCUGCUUCGCACAGGCCUAUCUGUACUACGAUGUGUACUGGGCGACUCAGCACCUGGUUUUUGUGUGGCUGGGCUGCUUCUUCAUGUACUUGGUGCAUUGCUGCCCCGUCAGGUACUGCGACGUGCUGCACAGAGCAGCGCUGCACCUGGGCCGCUGGGGGAGGGUCGAGGGACGCAACAGCCACAUUCCGUCCCACAUCUGGGCCGAGUCAACUCUCUGGCACCAGGGAGCGCUGGUGAAGCACUGCAAGGAGCUCUACAAGGCGGAGGGUGUCUGCAAUGCUGCGGAGCCUGGCAACCAGACGCACAACCGCUUCUACGCGGUGUUCAGCAACCCCACGAACCUGGUGCUGUCACUGGUGUCGCUGCAAGGGCUGGUGGUGUUGGUGCAGCUGUGCGUGCUGGUGGCCUGCAGCGAGUGGUACCACGUGGUGUCCCUGGGGCUGCUGCUGUUUGCCAGCUACUACACGCUGUUCAAGCUGGCACGGGACUACCUGGUGUGCUGGCGGCUGUACGGCGUGGAGCGAGCAGUUCAGCAGCGAAGUGCGGAGUAGCAACCCCUUCUCCGUCGUCUGCAGCUUGUGCGACUGUGUACAAGGCUGCAGAAAAUACAGCGUUUCUUUUUUUUUUCUUUUUUUUUUUUUUACUUGAAAAAAAAACCUGAUAAAUUCAAGUGAAUUCGUAAAAUUCUGGGUUUAGAAAACCAUUUUUAACAUCCUAAACUACAAUAGCAUUUUACGUGAUAUAUGAAAACUGUGUAAAAUACCUAUAUAAGAAUUGCAAUGAUUUAGUCUGUAAUGUUGAAAUAAAGAUAAAUAAAAAGAAGUUUUACUAAAA